CUUAAAAGUCUCCAAAAGGAACUGGAGCAGUUUGCCAAGAAGCUAAAGUGGAAGAGGAUCGCUCUGGGUUAUACCCAGGCUGAUGUAGGGAUCACCUUAGGGACUCUCUUUGGCAAGGUUUUUAGCCAGACCACCAUCUGUUGCUUUGAGACACUACAACUCAGCUUCAAGAACAAGUGUAAGCUCCAACCUCUGUUACAGAAGUGGCUAGAAGCAGUUAAUGACAACGGCCACCUUCAGGAGCCUUGUAAGGCUGAGAUAAUCCUUCAGCAAGUCAGAAAGAGGAAGCAUACAAGCAUUGAGAAUGGAGUUCAGGGAAACUUGGAGAACGUGUUUCCCCAGUGCCCCAAGCCCACACUUCAACAGAUCAGCAAUAUUGCUGAGGAGCUGGAACUAGAGAAAGAUGUCUGGAUUUGGUUCUGUAACUGCCGUCAGAAGGGCAAACACAGCAACAGCAACUCACCCUGGGAGGAUUUUGAGGCAGCUGGGUCCUUCCCUGGGGCACCUGUGCCUUUUCCCCUAGUUCCCGGCCCUCCUUUCAGUUAUCCCAGUUAUGGGGGCCCUCAUUUCACCACUCUUUAUUCCCCAGCUCCCUUCACGGAGGGGGAUGCAUUUCCCCUCUCCGUUUCUUCUCUGGGCUCCACCAUGCAUUCAGGCUGA